GCCGCCCCUGAGCAGCUUCAGGCCCGGCCGGGAAGAUGUCAUGGUAGGAGACGACCCCUACAACCCCUACAAGUACACGGACGAUAACCCCUACUACAACUACUACGACACCUACGAGAGGCCCCGCCAGGGCAGCAGGUACAGGCCCGGCUACGGCACCGGCUACUUCCAGUACGGUCUCCCUGACUUAGUCCCGGAUCCCUAUUACAUCCAGGCGUCCACAUAUGUCCAGAGGAUGUCCAUGUAUAACUUGAGAUGUGCUGCCGAGGAGAACUGCUUGGCAAGUUCAGCUUAUCGAGCAGAUGUUAGAGACUACGACAACCGGGUGCUCCUGAGAUUCCCCCAAAGAGUGAAAAAUCAAGGCACGUCGGAUUUUCUGCCCAGCAGACCCCGUUAUUCAUGGGAGUGGCACAGCUGUCACCAACAUUAUCACAGCAUGGAUGAAUUCAGCCACUAUGACUUGUUGGAUGCGAGCUCACAUAGAAAAGUUGCUGAAGGACACAAAGCAAGUUUCUGCCUUGAAGAUACUUCCUGUGAUUAUGGAUAUUACAGGCGGUAUGCAUGUACAGCACACACACAGGGUCUGAGCCCUGGCUGCUACGACACUUACAAUGCUGACAUAGAUUGCCAGUGGAUUGAUAUUACUGACGUAAAACCCGGAAAUUACAUUCUGAAGGUGAGUGUAAACCCCAGCUACCUGGUGCCCGAAUCCGAUUACUCCAACAACAUAGUCCGCUGCGACAUCCGCUACACGGGCCACCACGCCUAUGCCUCUGGCUGCACAAUUUCACCAUACUGAGAAAGAUGCAAGAAAUCGAUGAGAUGGUGCCAAAUGUUUUGAAGUGUCAUUAUACAAACUUCACUAGAGACAAAGCUACAGAACAUACACAGAUACACCCACACACCUUACGUGACUUUGAAGCACUUCUGCUGCUUCUCAACCAAAACUUAACUGGAUUUUAAGAAUCUAAAUUGGCAUUACUUGUAUUGCUAUUGAAAUGUGUGAAACUGGUGCUUCAUGUAGAGAUAUUUUAAUUUUUGAUAAUCUAACUCGUUCAUAAAAACACGGGACCAUUUCCUUGCUCCUUCAAAUUUGGAGUUGAUGAAUAGACUUCAGUGGGAACAUCACUGGUGAAUGAGUUGAACAUAUUUUAAAAGGUAGAAAAAAUGUACGCAAAAUGAAUUAAAUAAAACUCAAGAGAAAGUACUAAUGUCAGCUAUCUCAGAAAAUACCAUAAUGGAAAACAGAUUAAGAGUAAUGAUACAGUACCAUUAUAAAUUCUUGCUAGGAUACGUUGAUAUGAAAGAGAGAAGUAUGUUCAGUUUUCAAGGAAUAUUAACAUAUAGCAGAGAAAUACAUAUAUAU